CCUCAUCUUUUAACCACCGCCAUACAAGUACCCCAAAAUCUAAACUUCGACGCAGAGUAUUGAUCAACUCCACUCAACCCCCCACCCCUACCGCAACAAUGGACAUGUCGACGAUGGCCAACACGACAGUCACGUCAAUGUCAAUGCUGUCCAUGGGCUUCUUCACAAGCACAACGACGCCCCUCUACUCGGCAACGUGGAGUCCAACAUCGACUGGCCAAUACGCCGGAACCUGCAUAUUCCUCGUCAUUCUCGCAACUAUAUUCCGAGGGCUGCUGGCAAUGAAGGCGUGGAAAGAGACCGCGUGGCUGGAUGCUGAGUUCAAUCGAAGAUAUGUCACCGUUGCCGGAAAGCUUUCCAAAUCUGAGCGCAUCGCUUCCGACAGCGACAGCAAGAGGAUGAUUUUGACAGAGAAUGGCGUUGAGGAGGACGUUAUGGUUGUGAAGAAGAGAAGCAUGAGUAUCCGGCCAUGGAGAAUCACUACCGACCCACUUCGCGCUGCUAUGGAUACCGUUAUUGCUGGCGUUGGAUAUUUGCUAAUGUUGGCUGUCAUGACAAUGAACGUUGGCUAUUUCCUCUCAAUUCUCGCUGGUACAUUCCUUGGUAGUCUUGCUCUCGGCCGAUACGUUAUCGCUUUCGAACAUUAAAGCUGUUGUAUACUUCAUGAGAAAAUGAAUACAUGUUCAGACGUUGCAUUGCGGGCACUGCUGGGUCUUGGGUAGCUGGUUGUGAAUAGGGCUGGUGGGGGGCGUUUCAGUGGCUGUUGAUACACAAGACUUCACAGUCAACAGGUAUUCAAUUUAAUGAGUUGACCUCCUAUCCUUUUAACGUCUUGAUACUUUCAUUUUCUGGGAUAUGUCUUGAAGCUGGGGCCAAGUCAGGCCUGAAAAGAGGUGCCUCUACAAAUAUUCCACAAACGUAUCUUUUACUAUUGUUUGAUUAUUUACACAAAUUUUCUUUUCGAGUUGGUGCGGGUAUCUUU